AUGGAAAUUUUUCCACAGUUCAAGAAGCCAUUGAUUCUGUGCCGGAAAACAAUACCAGGUGGAUACGAAUCCGUAUCAACCCUGGGAUUUACAGUGAAAAGGUCAUCGUCCCCAAAGAGAAACAGUUCAUCUUUCUCGAAGGAAAGAGCAGAAGAACAACGAUUAUCCAAUGGAGGGAUACUGGGAACUCCAAAAACAGCUCUAGCUUUAUACUUCAUGCAGAUAAUUUUGCUGCAAAAUACUUACAACAUAUUAAUUCCAUCUAACAAUGGGACUCGUAUGAGAUGGGCACCGGCAAUUCUAGUCGAUGCAGACAAAGUUUCUUUCUAUAAAUGCGGUUUCAGCAGCCUGCAAGACACGGUGACAGACGAUAGGGGCCGCCAUCUUUACAAAAAUUGCUUCAUUCAAGGUGCAGUAGAUUUCAUCUGGGGUGGUGGCCAGUCUGUUUUCCAGACAUGCGUUAUCAAUGUACUGGGAACAGCCAUAGGACUCGGGCCUGGUUUCAUCACAGCACGAGCACGAGGAAGCUUAGAGGAUCCCAGUGGGUUUGUGUUCAAAUUUGGACAAGUGAUUGGAACAGGCCAAACAUAUCUUGGAAGACCAUAUACAUCAUUUUCUCGAGUAAUUUUUUACAGGACGAAUUUCUCCCCUAUCAUAGUUCCAGAGUCCGGUCACCAUGGAACCAGGGCAUUUUUUGAGCUACUGAUCGAGUUAAUAGGGUUGUCAUGCAGGAAUACCGUCACAUUUGUGGAGGCAGAUUGCAUGGGAGAAGGAGCAAACAAGGGAAAGCGGAUUCAGUGGCUAAAGAAGCUUAGUACAAAAGAUUUGAAUUUUUUUGUGAAGUCUCCAGAUUUCAUUGACAAAGAAAUGUGGUUGGAGAAGAUUCCUCUCCCACUCACAGAAGGAAAUUAA